AUGGGAACGGGGGAUCCCGGCGGUUGCCUGGCGACGGGAGGACGCCGCGCAUGCGCACCAGACGGCGCCCCGCCCCCCCCCAUCACCACCACCACCUCUCUUCCCACUCCGCUGACCAUGUGGUCGCCCCACAGACGGUCUGUGUUCAGGAACCAAUGCGUGAUGGCCUACACGCGGCCCGCGGGCCGCCUUCCAACUCGCCCACAGGCCGCCCCGCACCAGGACAUGAUGUCCUACCUCCAGUCUCUCUUUGCGGCGGGGAUCGAGUCUCCAGGUGAGGAAGACGAGGAGAAGAAGUGUAGCCAUGUGGAGCCUAUGUCCGAAUCCCCAAUCAGAGACACUCUUCCUGCAGAGGCUACGGCAGACGUGGAGAGCUCCCGCCUGAAAGCAGAGAAAGAAGCUUGUGAGGUCUACCCUGACUUGAAGAUUGAAUGCCUGGAGAUCGAGGGAGAGGAGACGACGUUAGGAAAAGCGGUGGAGGCUGCCGUAGAUGGAAAGAGUUUGGAUGGCGCGAGUCAAUCUCCUCUGCACUGGAUGUGGAAAGGUUUCUCUGUGGAUCGCUAUGCCCCUCGGGCAGACCCGGGCUCCAAAGACAGAGCGAUGGACGGUCAAGGGAAGGAUUUCUCCUCCGUCGAGGGCUUUGAUAAGGAAGGGGUAGAGGGGACGAGGCCUGAGGAUGGGACGGUCAAAGGAGACGGCGAGCAGGAAGCAAAGAGGAAACAGACGGGGAAAGGCUUGAGCCAAGGCCUUGAAACAAGUCCAGGUCGGUCUCCUGUCCCCCGCUUUGCCUCCCUCCCUGCCUCCAGGAAGCGAUCGCCAGACAAGGAGACGGUGGGGUCCGUCCCCCCGGGGCAGAGGAAGGAGGGUUGGUGUUUGGAGGAGUUCAGAGCGAAGCACACGGACCCCCAGGCCUUGCCCAAGGCAGAUGGCGACCCAGGUUUGAGGCUCGAGGAGCGACGCAAGCAUUUAACGGCGCGAGUCGGCGCGGGCAAGACGGGCGAGAAGGAGAGACCGACGCAGGGGAGAGCGAAGAAGGAAUCGGACUUCGAGACGCAACCCAGGCGGUUUCUGAAGCAGCUGCGGGGAAAAGAGGGGCCCGAAGCCAGCUCCCAGGAGCCCCCGAGCUCGUACCCUACCGGGGAGGCCACAAAGACAAGCCCCAGGUCCCGAUUGAGACCUGCUCCCAGCGUUGGCAUCGGGAAGAUCACCAAACUGGUGGAGCUGAGGCAAGAGUUUUUGCGGAAAAACCUGGAGGAGACGGAGAGAAAGAAACAGGAGGAGAGAGAGAGAGCGAAGAAGGAGCAGGUGAAGAGGCGAAAGUUGCAGAGGGAGAUCGCGGCUCGAAUUGCGUUCUCCGAGACGCAGAAAAACAAGAAGAACAGAGCUAAAACCCAGCUGCAGAUCUUCAGGAAGCGGGACCGCGAGCAGGCGGCGCAGUAUCGAGCGGAGCUGAAGGAGAUGAAAGCACGCGUCUCCAAAUAUCCAUUCCUCUUCGAGAAAGUAGCCCAGAGAGACGCCCAGGUCAACGCCACUCGAAUCUUCACCAAUCUCCUCAAAGGCUUGAACCUGGACGUAGAGUUGGUGACCAGGUUGGCUCAGUCGGAGCCCGGAGACCCAGGCUCUCAGGUGAUCGACCUCGAGUGGGACGCCGGCGACCAGGAGCCGAGGAAGGAAGAUCCCGGCGAGGAGCAGAGGCGGAAGGAAGAGAUCGCAGAGGAACAGAUUGGGAUCCAAGCCGCUGGAAGUCGAGACGCUCAACGGACGGAUCUCGGUCUCGUCGGGCCGGCCCUCGAACCGAGAAGCAGCUGGCGUGAGGAAGGCCCUCCGCUGCCUCCUGCCACGUGUGUGUUCGAGUCCGCAAACGACGGCGCGGACACGGUCUGCCGAAUCAGCUUCUAAUUCACCCGACGCAAGUCUUCCUUUUAACAGUAAAACCUAUUUCAUUUUUAUACGGACGUCGUCGCAUGUUAAAAGAUUCUGUGGAGCCCUGGAGCUUAGUCGUGCGAGCGAGUGAGAGCACCCGGGCGGGACAGGGCGAAACCUUAGUUUCCUUACUCCCCACACAC